UCCCAAAUCUUCAACCAUGUCCCAAAGUGUAACGCCCAUCCCGAGCACUCCGCCUCCUUCUCGAAGGGCCAACCGACCGCCCAGGAUCAAUAUCCACAAUUUGACCAGCGGAUCGGCGAUGAGCCAGGCAUCCAUGCCACCCAGUGCCCAACCACCUUACACGGCCCAAACGAACUUCACGGGGAAUGGAACGCAGGGACCCUACUGGCCACCGGUGGCCAAUCCCUUCGGAUCCGGCAACUUCAUGACCAAGGGCUACGAGGGCUUCCUCGACCUCACCAAGUCGGGCAUGAGCUUCGGCGAGAAGUUCACCUUCGGGAUGUACAACAAGCUGAGCACCUGGUCGCGCCGGUGGUUCACCCACAUCUUCCUGCUGAUCAUCCUGGCCCUCUACAACGUGGGUGGAGCACUCCUGUUCAAGACCUUCGAAGACAUUGGGAUAAAGGCACAAAACAUUGAGCUCCAUGAUCAGCGGUUAAGAUUCUUCGGAGAAAUGUGUAAGAUGUUCCACAAUAAACAAGCAAGCGAUUACAAUUCAACAACAUUUGUCGGUCCGAUGAACGAAAUACUCAACAGAUAUUCGCCAGUGAUCGAUUCUCUAAUGAGAUCCAAAAUGGAAGAUGUGCCUAAUCCAUGGACCUUCUGGAACGCCAUGGUCUACUCGGCCACCAUUUACACGACAAUAGCCAACGAAAUAUGUGACACAAAAGAUGGAAAUAGUUUCGGAUUUUUUGGCGAUCGUCGACAUUUGCGAGAUAAAAAAUUUGUGUCUCUUCUGGUGCAGACACGGUUUAUGAGAUCUCAAGAUCUCAAGAGGCUGUGA